UCUUUUUAGAUUGGAUCACCGUUUGCUGGAAGUUACUCAACUGAAGUGGUGGUCGGAGAUCGACAAAAGAUAGAUGAAGUUUCCAAUCCUUAAAACAAAAUUGCAGUUUAGGUUGAAGAAUAUAAAGAUCGUGAGUUAUUGGAAAUCUUAAUCCUAAUCUUAGACUAAAUUUAACAUUUUUACCUCUAAAUGAGUGGCCUCUUUUCUUCCUCGUCUACUUCGUUAGACUUGUCCAUUAAAUCACUUUUCUCACAAUCCUUUGGGGUGGCCAUGGAAGUUCUCUCGUUCUGUCGCUCUCCUUCCGUCCUCAAAUUUUCUGGCUUAUCAAAUGCCUGCUAUUGUAGUUUCCACAAAACUAUUGGCAUGGAUGAGGAAGUAUCCAUAUCCAAGCAUCCUAUGAUCAAUCAUUUGGACGUUAGGAAUGCAUCAUUUUCUGUCAAAAGAUUUCCAAGAAGGUUGUUCUCACAUUUCAUUGGUUUCUAUCCCAUCUUGUUAUAUGCAUAUCCUAGUUUCGGUGCACCAAUGAUGGAAAUGCAAGAACCUGACAUAGUUCGGACACUAAAGCUUGACAGUGGAGUUAGGAUUCAAGAAGUUUUUGAGGGAGAUGGAGCAGAAGCACAUGAAGGAGACAUGGUGGAGUUCAAUUAUGUCUGCAGGCGUUCAAAUGGAUAUUUUGUUCAUAGCACCGUUGAUCAAUUCAGUGGAGAAAGCACACCAGUAAUCCUGCCUUUGAAAGAAAAACAGAUAAUAGAGGGCUUGAAGGAGGUGCUGGUUGGCAUGAGAGUUGGAGGAAAAAGAAGAGCACUUAUCCCUCCUUCUGUGGGUUACAUAAAUGAAAAUUUGAACCCAAUUCCUGAAGAGUUUGGUCCUCGACGUAGUCUGUUAUCACAUCGGAAUGAGCCCUUGAUAUUUGAGGUAGAGGAUGGGGCAAGGGCAAGGGCAAGCUGGCGAGCGACCCGAAGUGAGACCGUGGAGGGCCAUAGGGACUACCGCUUCCGCUUAUUCUUAUUUCAGAUUUUCGCAUUUGAAUUUGAGUACUUUUCAUCACUUACCAUCUUUUAUGUAGAUAGGGCCCGAGUAGGAUUUCAGAACGCUUUUACAUUUUUGCAUGACUACCUUGUUUAAAUUUUAUAAAUAAAAUUUCUUAAACCGUAUGCGUUUUGAAAUUUUUUUAUGACUUAAA